GUGUUUUUGCACCACUGCUUUGCUUUCCUUAAAUUGCAGCCAACUUCGGCUCCUCCGUUUUCUCGUUCCUUUUGAGCAACAACAACGCACAAACCGUAGAGAGUUUCUCUCUCUAGCCGAUCUCUUCUCUCUCUCUCUCUCUCUCCCGCUUGAGCUCUUACUCUCUUCUGAGUACAGAAAAAAAAAAUUAUGGGAGACGAGAAGAAGCCCAAAUCCACCGGUGUCUGGCCCACAGUGAAGCCCUUCGUCAAUGGCGGUGCCUCCGGUAUGCUCGCCACAUGCGUCAUCCAACCCAUAGAUAUGAUCAAGGUGAGAAUUCAAUUGGGUCAGGGAUCGGCAGGACAGGUCACCAAAACCAUGCUUAAGGAGGAGGGUGUUGGUGCCUUUUACAAGGGUCUGUCUGCUGGGUUGCUGAGACAAGCGACUUACACCACUGCCCGUCUUGGAUCUUUCAAGAUAUUGACGAACAAGGCGAUUGAGGCGAAUGAUGGGAAGCCCCUACCCUUGUAUCAAAAAGCUUUGUGUGGGCUGACCGCUGGUGCUAUUGGAGCUUCUGUUGGUAGUCCGGCAGAUUUGGCUCUCAUUCGUAUGCAGGCUGAUGCCACCUUGCCUGUUGCGCAGCGCCGGAAUUACAAAAAUGCUUUCCAUGCCCUCUAUCGGAUUGUUUCUGAUGAAGGGGUAUUGGCCCUUUGGAAGGGUGCAGGUCCUACUGUAGUCAGAGCAAUGGCAUUGAACAUGGGAAUGCUUGCCUCUUAUGAUCAAAGUGUUGAGUUCUUCAAGGAUUCUGUGGGCCUUGGCGAAGCUUCUACAGUGUUAGCUGCAAGUUCCGUCUCUGGGUUCUUUGCUGCCGCUUGCAGUUUGCCCUUUGAUUAUGUCAAAACCCAGAUUCAGAAAAUGCAACCUGAUGCUCAAGGGAAAUACCCAUACACCGGCUCUUUAGAUUGUGCUUUGAAGACCCUCAAAGCUGGAGGACCAUUUAAAUUUUACACCGGUUUCCCUGUGUAUUGUGUUAGGAUUGCUCCUCACGUCAUGAUGACAUGGAUUUUCCUCAACCAGGUUCAGAAGUUUGAGAAAUCUAUUGGGUUGUAGAAGAGUUCUGCGCUGGUGUGGAGAUUUUUGUUAGAGUCGAGUUGAAACCUUCAAAUAAUAAUUUACUUCGGCUGUGUUCUAGUUCUUGUUUUGAGCCUAAGUAGCAGUUCACAAAUAUGAUAAUCACAGCAUUCAUUUCUCAAAGUUUUUUGUGGUUAAGGCCACAUUAUACUAUUUGAACUUUCCCGGCAAUUUUAAACUUGACAAGAACAGGACCUUAAUUAACAUGAAAUUGUUACAUUUGGGGCUCGUCUCACCUAUCGAAUUAUCCGUGAAAAUGGCAAUAACGAGCUUAGCAUGCAGGUUCCUUUGUAACCUUUAUUAUUUGCGAGGAGACAUUGAAUGAAAUAUUUCAUAAGGUCAUUUUUCCCUUUCUUUUUACAAAAUGUCAUUCUGU